CACUGGCCGUCGCCGCCGACGCUCUUGUCGCUGGUGGUAGAGAGAAGCUUUUCACUCCCAUGUACCUCAUGGUUGGUCGCAAGCCCAUGAAUGCAUAAGCGAUGCGAUGACUUUUCUUGUUUCUUUCUUCUUUGCCAUUUCUCAUCUUCUUUCUUUUUCGAAUACCACUUACUAGAGAACCCACACACAUGUUUUAUUAAUCGGCUUGGAAGGGGGAAUCACUUGCAUGGCGACCAGGGACAAGCUACAAUUAUAACAACAGAGAGGACUGUUGCGGAUACAUUUUGUCUCGAGACUACUAUUACUGAUGUAAAACAAAUGUACAAUCACGUUGAACGAUCAUUUCAGAGGAUUCCUUCUCUAUCCUGAGCGUGUGACAUGCAUUCAUAGCUGCUACAAUGUCAUGCUUGAGAACUUGGAGAUCCUAUCAACAAUCGCAAGGAGCGGCGGCAACAAUUGCAAUCGACCAUGGACG